GAGAUGGCCAGCACUAGUCAAGGUUUCAAGUGACUCUACCAGUGCCAUUUGUUUUUGUUGCUUUUCAAAAUACUUCUUUUUCUUCUGCCCUUGAGGAGAUUAUAACAUCCUGCAGUUCAGUCUCUGAGAGUUUACUGAUUUAUCUUCCUGCUCAAACAAAAUAAGAAGUGAUUUCUGCAUCUCUGAAAAAGACCUCAAAAUCUGGACUGCUGUGGAAGAAAUUUCCAAUGAGGUGAUACCUGUGGGGAUUUCCAUAGGAAGAUGUCAUCUAUAACUUCAGAGAUGAAGAGGGAAUUCAAGAAAAUCCUUCUGCUGAAAGGAUUAGAGCCCAUCAGUGAAUAUCAUUUUAGCAUCAUUAAGUCUUUAUUCGCCAAUGAUUUAAAACUGACUGAAAAAGCUCAAAAUGAAUAUAAUAGAAUUCAGAUUGCUGAUUUGAUGGAAGAAAGCUUUCCAGAGGGUGCCUGUGUUGACGCUCUAAUAAAUUUGUACAAAGACAUAGAAGAACUUAAAGACUAUGCAAAGACUCUUAAACAUGAAAAGUUAAAAGUUAUGAGGCGAUGGAAAGCAAAAGGGACAAAACCAGUGGAACAAAGAAACCAGGAUAAACACAGUACAGAGGAAUCUACUUCCACCAUGAAUAAACCUGAAACAAUCAAGACGCCUGUGUUGAAGAAAAAGGAAAACAAAACCACAAAAACUCAAGAAUCUAAGAUGCAGCUAACCCAGGAACAGAGUCAGCUUCCAGAAACUUCAGUAACCAGCACACUGUCAACUGAGAGCCUUCCCCAGACUCCUCAGAUGCCUCCACCAACCCCACCCAGCAUUUGCUCAACCAAGAAAAGGAAUAACCUAACCACCAAAACUAACAACUCAAAAAAGAAGAUGCUGUUCCCAGAACAGAGUCAGCUUCCAGAUAGUUCAGCAACAAUCUCAUGUUCGAGUGAGAGUGGUCCUCAGACUCCACAGAUGCCUCCACCAGCCCCAUCCAGCAGUUCCUCAACCAAGAAAAGGAAAGACACCACCACUAAAACUGAUGACUCCAAGAGAAUGAAACUAUUCCAGGAGCAGAGUCACCUUCCAGAACCUUCAACAACCAACACGUGCCCAACUGAGGGCUGUGUCCAGAUUCCUCAGGUGCCACCACCAACCCCAUCCAGCAGUUCCUUAAUCAAGAAGAAACCAAGAUUGAAGGCUGUACCUAAAGAAGCUUCCAGAGAAGAAGGUUUCCAGAGGGGCCCCAAAGAAGUGAUGGUACUGAAAGCAACAGAACCAUUUGCAUAUGCCUUUCUUGAAGGGGAGAAAAAGAUGUUCCAUGCCACAGUAGCUACUGAGAGCCAGUUCUUCCAAGUGAAGGUUUUUGAUGUCAGUCUGAAGCAGAAGUUCAUCCCAAAGAAAGUCAUUGCCAUAUCAGAUUAUGUUGGCCGCAAUGGGUUCCUGGAGGUGUACAAUGCCUCAUCUGUGUCUGAUGUUAAUGCUGACCGAAAGAUGGAGGUCUCAAAAAGACUGAUUGCAAAUGCAAAUGCAACUCCUAAAAUCAAUCAUCUGUGCUCACAAGCUCCAGGAACAUUUGUGAAUGGGGUGUAUGAGGUGCAUAAGAAAAUAGUGUGGAAUGAUUUCAUAUAUUAUGAAAUACAAGAUGAUACAGGGAAGAUGGAAGUCAUGGUAUAUGGACGACUGACCAAAAUCAACUGCGAGGAAAGAGAUAAACUUCAACUCAUCUGCUUUGAAUUGGCAUCAGGUCAGACUGGGAGCCAGCUGAGAUCUGUAAUUCACAGUUUCAUCAAGGUCAUCAAGGCCAGGUAAAGCAAGAAACAACCACUCAAUCCUGAUACAUAUAUGAAAAGCUCAAAAGAAUUCUUCUAAAAAUCUGGAUGCCAUUAAUAGUGACGUGAAUGGAGAUAAGAUUUAAGUAUUAAAUAUAUAUAUAUAUAGUUGAAAUACAGCAUUUUAUACACCAGGUAUUAAUUCUUAGAAAACAGGUAUUACAGGCAUUUCUCAUUUUCUUUUUUAUGUUUUUCUGUGCCAUCUCAAUGCCAUAUUUUACAUCUGUAACUUUUAUAAUUUGGAAAUAAUUAUAAACAUCAUGUUUUUCUCUAAAGGAGUGUUUCCCCAGGAGUCUAAUUCAUUCGUGAAUUGUUUAAAAGCAAAUAGUCUGUGACCUGCACAUCAAGGUGGGACACACAGGCCCUAAGGAAUGUUUGGAUUUAUACUUUGGGUGUGAUCUUUACAGAGUAAGACUUUGGUCAAAAAUGGACAGGUUGAAACAAGCUAUGUUCUGUUCAAAAGGAACCCAGUGACGUGGCAGACAGUGGCUGAAAUCCAGUCUGGGCUUCAAUUGCCAAAUUCUGUGUCCUAGGGAGAGGUUGCUUUAGUCCAGAAGGAUGAAUAUCUUUUCAGAAUUGGUCUCUUAGAGGGGGCAUAAUUAGGUAAUUUGUCUGCCAAAUGAGGCAGCUUCUGGUGAUUUGCAUGAUGACAUUAGUCAAUUUGGAAGCAAUUCUAGCCCUGUCUGAUGUGAAAUAACAGGUUCCACUCACUCAAGUACCAAGAGCUCAGUAGCUCUCCAACCACAUUUCCUGGUUCUCGCAUUUCUCAUAUGUGGAUUCCGUCAGGAAGUUGCCCCAGGCAAAGACCUGCAUUAGGCAAACACUGAAGAACAAUUAAUUCACUUUAGCGUACAAUGGCAGAAAGUAGAUAUCUAUAACUGAAAUUUACCAUAUAUUUAAUAAUCACAUAUUUGACACCUGGUGCUUUGCAUUUGUCUUGUGUCACUUUAUCUUCAUGCCAAGUCUGGAGGGUUGAUGGUGUUCUUUUUAUUCUCCUAAUGAGAAAAAUAAGGAGCAGAGAGGCAAAAAUACUUUCCUAAUGAUGUAGAACCGCUCCAUCGUAACAAGACUUUCCUUCAUGCGUCUUGUCCACUCUUCCUCCAGUUCCAAGCUCCUGGCAGCCACAGAUAUAGUUUCUCAAUUUACACUUUGCCUUUUCCAGAGUUUCAUAAAAUGAAAUAAAAAAUGUAUAUAGAAUUUUGAAUCUGGCGUCUUUGACUUAGUGUAGUGCAUUUAAGAUUCACCUAGGUAGUCAAGUGUAUCAGUUUAUUCCUUUCUAAUGCUGUGUAAAAUUUAAUUGUGUGGAUCCACCAAAGUUUGUUUAUCCCUUCCCCAGAUGAGGAACAAUUGGGCUGUUUGCAGUUUUGGAGAAUUGCAUUAAAACUGCUAUAAAUAUUUGCAUGCAGAUUUUUGUGUGGUCACACGUUCCGUCUUCAGUGGGUUGAAAACUUUUAGUGAGAUUGACGGUUCAUAUAGUAUGUGUAUGUUUAAAUGUAUAAGAAAUUGCUAAAUUGUUUUCUAAAGUGAUUGUAACAUUUUUCAUUCCCGCCAGCAAGGUGUGAGAGUUUCAGUUGCUGUGCAUCCUCCUCAGAGUUUAGCAUUGUAGGUGUGUGUUAAAAGCAAAACCAAAAACAAACAAAACUGCCAAACUCUUUUGCAAAGUAGUUACCAUUUGACAUUUCUGCCAGCAUUUUAUCAUAGUUCUACAUUCUAUUCUUCCUCAUCAGCACGUGGUAUGGUCAAUCUUUUUAAAUUUUAGCCAUUCUAAUUAGUAUGUAGUGGUAUCUCAUUGUAGUCUUAAUUUGCGUUUCCUCAGAGAUGAAUUAUGUUCUGUCUUUUUAUGUGCUUAUUUGCCGCCCAUGUAUCUCUUUCUGCCUAUUUUUGAAAUUCAGUUGUUUGUUCUCAUAUUAUUGAGUUUUGAGAGUUCUUUGUAAAUGCUGGGUACUAGAUCUUUAGCAGCUAUGUGACUAGCAAGUGUUAAGUCCCAAUCUAUAGCUUGCCUUUUCAUGCUUUCAGGGAAUCUUUUGAAGAGAAAUUUUCAUUUUGACGAAGUUUAAAUUAUCAAAAAAUUUAUCCUGUGUAGAUUGUGCUUUAUGUGUCAUAUCUAAGAAAUCUUUGCCUAAACCAACAUCAUAGAGAUUUUCUCUUGUGUUUUCUUCUAGAAGUUUUAUAGUUUUAGGUUUUAGAUUUAAGUCAAUGAUCCAUUCUGAGAUAUUUUUUGUACAGAGAGUGAGGUAUGGAUCAAGUUCAUUAUUUUAUUAAUAUGAAUAUCCAAUUGUUCCAAUACUAUUUGUUAAAAAAUUAUCCUUUCUUUAUUGAAUUGUUUGUACUUUUGCAGAAAAUCAAUAAAUUGCAUAAAUGUUCCCUA